AUGGAGGACUACAUCAACGAGGGCACUGGCGCAAGCUUAGCGGAACAUCAUCGCCACGUUGCGGAGGUCCUGCAACGCCUGAGGGCCUUCCACCUGUACCUCAAAGCCGAGAAAUUCUCCUUCCAUCAGCCCUCAGUGCAGUUCCUUGGGUAUAACAUCGACAGCAGUAGCAUCCGGAUGGACGAGGGGAAGGUGGAUGCUGUCAGAAACUGGCCCACUCCUACCACCAUCAAAGAACUCCAACGAUUCCUCGGCUUUCCUCCUUUCUACCGUCGUUUCAUUCAAAACUACAGCUCCAUCACCAACCCACUCACCAGUCUCCUCCGCAAUAAGCCCAAGUCUCUGUCCUGGACCCCUGCCGCCACGGAGGCUUUCAGCUCUCUCAAAGAGGCUUUCACUACCGCUCCACUCCUGGUACAUCCUGACCCCAAUUGA